CUGUUUGGCGUCUUCGAGCCGCCGUAGCUUUAAGAAACAAGAUCAUAUGACGGCUAUCAGGAUGUCAACAAAUGUAAAAGGGAAUUAAACUGAACUAAUGCCAUGAAUCCCAAUACCAGUUCAAAACCGAGUAUAACGUUAUUUGGGGCAACUGGUCACGUGUUUCUUGAAGCAUAAGGAUGUCAUCCACUCAGGCCGGUCAGUCAACGGUUGUACACAGACUUGCCACAUUACUGCGAAAUAAUGGUGAAUCUAUACUGGAUGGUUCCAGUACUCUCACUCUGCAAGUGGGAUGUUUACAGCACCUGACACAACUUUUCGAAAGGCACCUUCUCUCACGAACACAUCAGCAUGGUUUUCUGGCCCUGCCGUCCCACCCAGCAGACACUGCCUCCCUGCUGGAAGUCCAGUUCCUUUUUGACAUGCUGCAGAAGACAGUAUCACUCAAGCUUGUUAAUCCACCUGGUGUGAAACUACAGUAUGUUGUGAAAAUCUUCCCUUUCAAGUCCCUCAAAAACUUAGAGCUCAAGCGUAUUCCUCCUCAUUGUCUGGAGGGUCUUAGAGGAGUGUAUUCUCAGCUGGAAGUCUUCACUUGCUCAAAAGGUGUCAGCUCUCUAGAGGAGCUUCUCUCUCUGUGUGGAGGUGAUCUCAGCUCAGCUUUACCCUGGUUAGAACUUCAUACCCUUAAUUUCAGUUACAAUUCCAUCUCCUGUCUUGACGAGUCACUAAGUCUGCUAAACGUCCUGAAGUGGCUUGACUUGAGCCACAACAAGAUCCAAGAUUGUGCUGAAUUUUUGAAGCCUAUUACUGAACUGGAGCAUCUGAAUUUAGCCUAUAAUAACCUCCAGAGAGCACCAGUGCUAGGCCUCAGUGCCCAAGCCAAACUCACAACCUUGAUCCUUAGAAACAAUGAACUGGAAACUAUCAAUGGGGUGGAGCAAUUGUCAUCACUUCAGUCUCUUGACCUGGCUUAUAACCUUCUUAUGGAGCAUUCUCAGUUGGCACCUCUGUCCCUCCUUCAUAAUCUCAAUACAUUAACUUUGGAAGGAAACCCUUUGUAUUUUCAGAAGACGCACAGGGUAUCGACUAUCCAACACCUCUCUCCACGAGCUGCUUGCCAAGGGCUCCAGCUGGAUGGAACCCCUCUGUCCCAGUCUGAUCUGCUGAUCUUACCUAAACCCGGACAGCUGGUUGGUCAGAUGUCCCACACUUCUCAACAAGUUUCUAUGGCACCUGACCAAGGAGGGCAGGAAGUGUCCAGUGGAGGUGGGGACAUGACUGACAGUCUGACUGUAAGCAUAUCAGGAGUGACCAGAGUUCGAAAGAGGAAACACGGAAACAAGGUAAAGGUGAGGAGAGCCAGUAUUUCAGAGCCCAGUGACACAGACCAUGAUGUCAGAGUGCAGUCUGCUUUACGAGAUAUUGUCCUCCCCCAUAAGGAGGAUAUUGAGAGAAUGGACAGUUUUCGAGAGCAGUUAGGAGAGGACUGGCUACGCUACCAGCAUCACCUUGAUGAUACUCCAGUCAACCCAGCUUUCCCAGUAGUGGACAUUGUAACCAUUAAAGUGAACACCAACGGCCGCUGUACACCCCCAUCCCCCCUGCUUAAGACUAACACACCUCCAACCAGUCUGGAAUUGCUCCCCCCUCCACUACUGUCCUCUGAACUGAAAGAGGAAGAGGACAAAGAAGAGUUGGAGAGCACAGACCUACAGCCUGAGACAGAGUCCACCUUGCAGUGCACAGGCCAUAGCCCCCCAAACACUGAAUCUACUCUUGAGACGAGUCUAGGAAACACUCCGGCUACAACUGAGGCCUACUCUGACCCAAAACCACCACCAGAGGAAGAUGAUGAUGAUAGAGGAGUGGACCUGUGCAGACCAAUGCUGGUGGGGCUGCUCUUAGAGGACGUGGAGAGAGAUCAGAAAAGGGCCUCUGAACCACUUUUCCUACGAGUGCGGCAGGGUCACCUGCUGGAGGUUGACAUGCACCAGGGGUGUGUUAAAACGCGAGUGGAACUAGAUAGUCUGCAGGAUGUCAUCGCCACUGAGGCCACCUGCACAGUGGAGAAGAUGGAGAUGACUCACCCAGCCCUGCAGCUCCACUUCCGGUACAUUAGCCGCGAAAGACGUAAACGUUGUUACAUAAUGUUGGAUGACAAGCCACAGGAAGCUUUACAGGUAUUAUUGGAGGUUCUCUCAAGAGUCGUGGAGGAAAACAAGCAGCAGGUGGAUGAGGAGAGACCAGAGACAGUUUGGCUACAGUGCCUAAAGUGUCAGACUGAGUUCUGCCAGCCAACCACUGAAUUCGACAGCAGCCUGAGUCACCUGGAUGAGCUAAGUAAUGACCAUUGUACUGUCAUCUGCUCAGAGUGCAAUAGUGACCAUGUAGUUCAGUUGGCUGCCCAAUCAGUUCCUUCCACCAGUACACCAUUUGAACAGAAUGAUGCCAGAUACUUCACCUUUGAUGACAGGGACAACACAGUUCAACUCAAGCACAAUGAGGCGUUGGUCCCAGGACAGUCUUUGCUAUCCCUUGACAGCCCUCUCCAUUCGACUCAGUAUUCAGAGGCCUCCACAGAGGGAGCUGCAGCUUACUUCCAUACAGCCCAUAGCUUCCUGUCUAAUUGUUUGACUAAUCAAAAUGAGACAUGGGUUGACCAGAGAACCUCUCAACUAAUCAACUUUAGCAUAACUGAUGGACAAGAUAGCUCAGAGGGGCUUAAGGAGAAGGUGGCUGACAAUUUCUGCUACAAUGGCUAUCAAAAACAUCAAGACCAACAGUCACCAAAGUGCACAGAGGGCUCCAAAAAUGCUCAGUUUGACCUGCUGUCAGAAACAGUGGACCAUCGGCUUCAGCUGUUCCUGGAUGUGGAAGUAUUUGGGGGAGAAGAGGAGCUUCGCUGCUUUUUAAAGAUGUCCAUUGUGAAGUUCGGGCAUGCAGCGGAGUUCCAUUCCCUUAUGGUUGUGUCGGACCAGUACAUCUACAUCUUAGAAAUAACCUCACAGUCUGAAGGGCAACCCUCAGACUGGCUGCGGAAGAGAGAAAGCCAUCGGUUGUGUGAACUCAGCUAUCUGGAGGUGGGUCUGGGGUCUCAGAGUAUCCACAUAGAGUUUGAUGAGGGUGCAGCAGCGUACACGCUACUAGUGCGAAGCAGUGCCCGCUGCAAAAGGUUCUUCAGCAAACUUACAGAAAUUGCAAGGGAAUUGGCCCCAAAGUCUGAAAGCAAGCUGAAGGGAAUCUCCACCACUCGGCUCAACCCACAGCACCACCUCUGGCAUCUAGUCUGUGAGGAUGCCCUGCCAUGUGAAGAAGACGACGGCCAUCCUCCUUUCCGGUACCUUUUAGCAUUCCUUCACCAAGUAGAUGGCUCUUUGGCCUCUGUGAGUGUACUAGCCACCAAAGAAAUGCUUUUUCUCCUUGAUGAAGACCACCAAUGGAGCAAGAGCCAACCUGAGGGCCAAAUGAGCAGUGGGAAGGUGACCGUUCAGGAAACUCAGCCAAUCAGUUGUGUCAGUUCCAUUCAUCUGUUUUCAUCAGAUCCAUGCCAGGUGGACCUAAAACUUUACGAUGAGAUGGCCAAGAAAGAAAAGACAUGGUCUUUACAUGCUGAAGAUGAAGAGCUGGUACAAGACCUGGUCAACUGGAUCACGAAUCAUUGGGAAACCAUGUUUGGGGUCAAACUGACUACUAUCAAGCAGUAACCACUAGCCACAGUGUUAAAGAAAAGCACCUACCUUACAUCAUGAAGAAUCCUGCCUAAACCUGCUUUUAAUCUGCAUUACUGUCUUUGUGUAAAUGUGGACUAUUUGUGUUUUUGUCUCUAUAUAAGCCCCAAAUUUCAUUAUUAUAUUUUCUUGGUUGUGCUCAUGCCUCCUCUAUAUACUAAUUGUGCAGUAACAAAGCUGCACAGAGUGCCUUUUUGGCUUUGUCACCAACCAACACCAACACACCUUAUAAUACGUAACUAUGCAUGCACAAACAGUUUAUUUGUAAAUAGGUUUCUUUGGAUGGUAUGAAUGUGGAAGUGAAGGUGUAUUUUUAUCUCAGGGUGAAAAGCCUUUCAAUGUGCUCUCAGAAAGGUUCAUAAUUGGGUUAUGCAGAUCACAGGAGAAUAACCGGUUUACUUGAGUGUUGGUGGUGUUAAUGCAAUGUUAGUUAAGACACAUUACUGAACUAAAAUACCCUCUCACUCUUUGAAACUUUGUUGAAGAUAUUUAUGAACUGUAUAGGUACACGACUCUUCGUAAUGAACUUGGACUUAAGUGUUUUGUGUUUAUUUGUUUUAUAAGAAAACAAGCAUAAAUCUAGCUCAUAAAUGUGAUGUGUAACCAUUGUUGUUUUUCCCCAAUAUUCUAUUCCAGCACUUGUACAGAGAGCAUAAAAAGGGAGCUAGUGAUUACACGUCAAAACUUAAUGGUCACAGGCAAAAGAAACCUCAAAUAGCUGUGAAGAGAAAAUUUAGUACAACCACGUGCAGUUUUGUGCCAAGUCGUUUGUGUCCCUCAGAUGUUCUGCACUUUUAUUUCUUGAAAUAAUUGAAAUGGCUUGAAAAAUAGUGAAAUGGCUUUGUUUUAUAAGUACAUGUUGUUAACAAAGUUGAAAGCAUAUUGUCAUUCAAUGUAAAAUGUAUUUAAUGAGUAUUUAUUCAUCUUUGUACUGGUCUCCAGUAGGGAAAUCAUAACUUUUAUUUUUGUAAACACAAUAAACUCUUUAAAUAUUA